UCAGAGCAGUGAGGAGCGUUUUUGUGGUGCUGUACCGAAACGGUUUCUUUGUGGUGGAUUUCUAUUUCUCCAAGUAUCAUGGACGCUCGAAGGGCUUGUUUGAUGUUUUGCCUUCUCCUGCUGGCACGCUGCACGUUCCAGCAGACUACCUCAAAGAAAAAAAAUGGCAAGAAAGACUCUGCAAACAGUGCUGCAAUAGAGGAGCUGAAGAAACAGAUUGCUGACAUUGUUCAAGAGCUGAAUUUGCUGAAAGAGCAGCAAGCUUUACAGACAGUUUGCCUGCGAGGGACCAAGAUCCUCGGUAAGUGUUUCCUGGCUGACCCGGUGAAGAAGAAUUUCCAUACAGCCAGUGAAGACUGCAUUGCCAAGGGAGGCAGUCUGAGCACUCCUCUGACAGGAGAUGAGAAUGACCAGCUCUACAGCUAUGUGCGUCAGAGCAUCGGCCCAGAGGAGCACAUCUGGCUGGGCAUCAAUGACAUUGUGACCGACGGCCAGUGGGUGGACCAGUCAGGCUCCAGCGUGCGCUUCAAGAACUGGGAGACAGAGAUCACCCUGCAGCCAGAUGGAGGGCGCAGCCAGAACUGCGCCAUCCUCUCCACCACAGCCAACGGGAAGUGGUUUGACGAGAGCUGCCGAGCCGAAAAGGCCUCUGUGUGUGAGUUCAACAUCGUUUGAGGGUCUGACAUUAACAUCACUCUGUGCAGAUGAAACACUCAUCAAAUGCUGCUUGCAGAAAGGAAUGAAACAUGAAGAGUAUCAGGUACAUUUAUGCAAUGCAUGAAAAAUAACGUGCUGCAUUUUUUCUAAAGCUCACAUUUUCUUGAUCAAGCCAUUUAGAUGCAGUGCACUGACUUCACACAGUGGUCUGGGAUACAGUAUGUCACUGUAUAAGCUAAAUAUUUUGUUUGAAUUGUCCAAAAUACCCCCACUGUAUUUUAUACUAUAUUAAAUAAUCAUCAAGGUAAACACCACUGGAUGGCUUGUCUUUGUUAUAUGUAUUUUUAUGUUAUCUGCUAAUCAAUGCAAUAAAACUUUUUUUUUUACUGAGUAUAAAUCAUGAGUACCUUUUCUAAGGCACUGUCUUCAUUUCUACUUAUGGAUGUCAAGCUAUGCUGCUUUUAUUACAUUAUAUAAUUUU